AUGGUGUUUUUCUGGAAUAGAAAGCCUAAAAAGCAGACACGAAGUAUUGUCAGUUCGACUUCCGGAUUGGCAUCACAUGAAGGAAUACUAGAUAUGCCGUCGUCGUCAUUUCCACCAGAUAUGCGCAAGUCCACUACGUCGUCCAUUCAACAUCCACGUAUAAUUGAAUCCCAGCUCGGAGAAGCAUUAACCGUUCGGUCAAGACUUCUUAUGAAACUAGCAGCUAAUGAUAAAGUAGACAUAGGACCUCCAGAUUUAGUACACGUCACUGAAUUCGAUAAGUAUCAUCAGGUUGAAGUAGGUGAACAUCAUUAUGUUACAGGAUUGGAUGUCUCAAGUGAGGCUAUGCCAAUCGCGUAUUUGAAUACUUUGAGGUGGGAUCAAAGUUCCAAUUGCAAGAAUGAAAAGCAAAUUGCAACAUACUGUACAUUUAACAUAUUUUCAAAAGUCGAUCUUAGAAUCAGAUUUGUGUCCGAAAAACGUUUUCAAAUCAAUGUGUUGGAUUAUAAUAAUAGCGCUAACCCGGUUCAAUUGAGCGAUGAGUUAUGGGAAGAGACAUUUGUGAGUGGUUGUAUUAGAUGUAUGGUGAUGAACAGAGAUCGUGGCAGAAAAGCCCCAGGUCUUGUUGAGUAUCCUAUUGGAAUCGAUAACGGCGUUCAAUAUUGUGAAAAUGUAAUAUCCUCGUUGUGUAAAUUUCUUCCCAGAGGAAUAGAAUCAGGUUGUGAUUCGACAAUUUAUAUGGGCCCAACGAUACUCCAGAAUUACUUAGUUACUGCGUUAUUGACGUUUUUGUCGUUAGUAUCAAGAUCGCUAUACCAUUAUACCGUAGAUUAUUUGGAUAUGCUCAUGCAACAAGACACGAGGAAUGCAUUCUGUUACAGACUAGUCCAGAUUAAAGUCUUGAUGGCUAGCAAUUCGUAUGAGUUUCAAACAAUUAAGAAAAUACAAGACGCCUUUGAUGUAUUUUUCCCUAAUUUCCCUUCUUUGUCUUUGCUUGAGUUCAAGAAUAUCAUUGAUCUGUUAAAUCUAGAGGUGGAAUUUCUCAUCAAUAAACAGGAUUACGAACUAGCGCUUCCAUUAGCAAAAAGAGCUACAGAGUUAAUCACCGAUAAUUUCCAAGCCUGGUACAACCUUGCUCUGUGUUACAUUGAACUGGGGCAGUAUGAAAGCGCACUGUAUUCCAUCAACUCUAUGCCCCGACUAUCCUCAACCAGCCCUGGAAAUGAUUCUUCUAUGAUAGAUAUUGUCGAGUCAAAGUACUAUAAUAGGCCGCUGGGAUCAGAACCAGUUCAGACACUCCUUUCAGGUGAAUACAACCAUUUGUUCAACACAAUGCCCAAAAUAAAUAGUAUGGAAUUGCGGUCCCUCAUAUACGGCCGCAUUGUAAUGUCCAAACCAACAAAUCGGGGCGGCUGCAUUGAAGAGAUAUGGAAUGGUCCCUGUUUAACAAUUGGCCCCAUUUAUGGCCCCCAGGGUUCCAACCUAGUGAACUUUGUAUCCAAAAAGGAAGUCAAAGCUAUCAAAAACACGUUGGUGAUAGAAAGAAAUACCACAUCCAACAAACUAUCCCCCGGAGAUGCCCAGGUGUAUGACCUACUUAUACGUAUAGUCCACAAAAUUAGUUGGAACAGCCUCUUAAAACUGAGGUCCAGUCUCUUUGUUAUGCAACGGGAGCACAUGAGAAGCUCCGUAUCCCUAAACAGAGAAGUCAAAAACAAGAGACUUUGUGAAAAAUGGUUAGAUAGACUCUUCAUGGACCUUUACGACGAUCUCAAAAUUUGUACAAAUAUUCCUCUUCACAACAAAAAUGUCGAAAACAGCGGACUGGAAUGGCAGCUAUUGGGCCUAACCCUACUCAGGACCUGGUAUUACGAAGAGGCGAUCGCCUGCCUCAGAACAAGCAUUCUCGCUAGGUUCGACACCGUCGCUGCAGAAAGACUCCUGCAACUCUACAUCUCCGGCAUAUACAAGGAAGAUGACAUUGACGUCAUCCUCCAUCUCCUGACGUCGAAUGCCUCAUAUGCUGCCCGCUUCCAUGACUGGUGCCAGUGGCUGACCGUACAGACCCUCUACAAACUAUGCGAAGAACACAGCAAAGAGAUCAUACGCACCAGACUGUACGGAUUUUAUCUAAACAACAACUCCAUCAGACCACUCAUGGAGAAGUUUCUUGACCAGAUAGAUACUGAAUAA